AUGCAUCUCACCACUAGCCUCACCGCAUUGGCUCUGGUCAGCAUGGCACUCGCAGACCCAGCCGUCCAGAUCAUCGAUCAGGGAUGCUUUCUCAAGGACGGCAAUGGCAACUUCCAGUUCGCUGAUAAAGAUCAUGCGAUUAUCACCAGCUCAGGCAAUAGUAAUUUGAUCUGCAAGGCCCAGGUGGCCGCUCCAGCGAGCGGAAAGGCCGUGAUCUACAGCGGCAAGAACGGGGACGGGCUCUGUAACGCAGCCGGGGGUAUUACGGACGACUGGCAGGAGACGGACAAGGACUUGAACGGAUAUGUGUCCCCACAGGAGCUGAUCGAAGCAGCCAAGGGCGAGAAGGAAGAGGACCUUGCCGCCCUCUUCCACUUCUCCAACGCGAACUCCGACGUCAGGAUCUCUUUCGCGGAGGUCAAAGGUCUUCUCGCGCCCUACUGCGGCAAAUUUGAGCCCUUCGUCCCUGUGGUGCCCCGGGAGGUCUUUGCCGUGGCGAAUGAGCUGGGGUUGCAGGGCCGCCUCGUCCAAAAUGCCCUGCACCCGGUCGGAGAAGUGACCGAGCUUCUCAAGCUUGGGGUCCGCUUUGGGGACGCCCAGUACGGUGUCAACCGGCUCCUCCUGGAAGGCAAGAAGCAGGUGAAACGAGAAGUCAAAGCAGAUCUGAAGCGGAAGAUAGGAGGGCAGCAGGGUGGUGGCAAGCUCGUUCCCGACGUGGUGAUGGCAGACACCAAGACCCAUGCCAUCCGGGGCGUGGGUGAGGCCAAGACGUUGUGGAAAUUCGAACCCAGGAAGAAGCAAACCUGGGAGCAGUUCAUAGCCGAGAAGCUCGGCCAACCCGCCAGGUACAUGGAUGAUUACUACGUCCGCUAUGGAUUCCUCACUAUCUACGAGAGGACAUGGUUCGUGAAGCGUGUCAAUGAUAACGAGUUCGCCAUGUCGCCCCCGGUCAACUCGAAAGCUGGCUCCUCAGCCACAGAAGUCUCGCUGAGGGAGUGCUUUUUGGCAUUCGCUCUUAGGACGGCGGAUGCCGCUGGAAGCAAGUACAGUCGCAGGUCUGGUCUUAUUCUGACGCGCCGCGGCCGCCAGCAGCGGGCCUUACCCAAGACGGGCCGUAAGGCCCACGAUCCGGGAUUUUGA